AGCUUUUAAGUUGUACUUUUUAACAUUGGAAGCGUCUCAGUUUGGAGCUCGAGUGAUUCCCCCCCCCCUUUAAAAUUGAGGAAAGGGGUUGAUCUGACUUUUCUCUCUCUCCCCCGGAGGUGGAGAAUCGGAAUCCCACCCAACCCGCCGGAGACGGGAGGAUUUAGGAAAGCUUCCCUAGGAAAGAAAACUCAGAGGCAAAGCAAGCCUGGGACCCGCUUCCUUCCAACUUUGGCUGCAGCGGCUCUCUCCAAAGGGCUUCCCAUGCCCCGAGCUGGACUCCUCCGAGAGGCAGCGUGUUCUCCUCCUCGCCGCCACGCCAGACACCGCUGUCUAGCAGGGCUGGCGCGCUUCUGUUGUAUAGCACGGUGAAACAAGUAAGACAGCUAAUAUUGAAAUACUGACAAUUCCUGAUACUGAAGAUUUGAAGAUGGAAACAUUUCAUUUUGAAAUGGUCUUGGCACUUCUAAUACCUGGAUUUGUCAUCAUUGAUGGUUCUGAUAUAUACCAGUCAAACCUGACUAACUUUGGAAACCCUGACACAUCUUAUCCUGGACCUCUUAGGAUAUCUGUCCACCCUACCAGUAAACCCAACAGGACUUAUUUCUCUUGCCCAGAAAGUCCUAAAAUUAUUGACACUUUCAAAUACAUCAACACACUACUAUCCUGUGCAGUUUUCAUCGUUGGGCUUGUUGGGAAUGCAACUCUGCUGAGGAUUAUCUACCAGAACAAGUGUAUGAGGAAUGGCCCCAAUGCGCUGAUAGCUAGCCUCGCACUAGGAGACCUCAUCUAUAUUGUCAUAGAUAUCCCUAUCAAUAUAUACAAGCUUCACGGUCAGUGGCCCUUUGGGAUGUCUCCAUUCGGACAAUUUCUUUGCAGCUGCUUUCCUUUUAUUCAGAAGGCAUCCGUGGGAAUCACAGUCCUUAAUCUCUGUGCUCUAAGUGUGGACAGGUACCGAGCAGUUGCUUCCUGGAGUCGUGUUCAAGGAAUUGGAGUCCCCUUGAUAACUGCUAUUGAAAUCAUUACAAUUUGGAUUCUUUCCUUUGUCCUGGCUAUCCCUGAAGCAAUUGGCUUUACCACUUUCAAAUUUGAAUACAAUAAUGACUACCAUGUUUCCUGCAUGCUCCUAAGUAAUACCACAUUUUUGAAGUUUUAUGUCCAAGUAAAGGACUGGUGGCUGUUUGGUUUCUACUUCUGCAUGCCACUUGCGUGCACUGCAUUCUUUUAUACCCUAAUGACCUGUGAAAUGUUGAACAGGCGGAAGAGUAAUUUGAGAAUCGCUCUCAGUGAACAUCUUAAGCAGAGACGAGAAGUUGCAAAGACUGUUUUCUGCUUAGUUAUCGUUUUUGCCCUUUGCUGGUUUCCUCUCCAUUUGAGCCGGAUCCUGAAGAAAAUGUUGUAUUAUGAAAAUGACCCUAACAGAUGUGAAUUCCUCAGCUUUUUGUUGACAUUGGAUUACAUCAGCUUGAAUUUAGCGACCGUAAAUUCCUGCAUAAACCCUAUAGCACUCUACUUUGUCAGCAAGAAGUUCAAAAACUGUUUCCAGUCAUGCUUCGGCUGUAUAUGCUACCGGACAGGAAGUCAGACAUCAUCUGUUCCAAUGAACGGAACAAGUAUUCAGUGGAAAAACAAUGAACUGAACAAUCACAACACAGAACGGAGUAUCCACAAAGACAGCUUAAACAGAUUCAGUGGAAACUGUACUCCAUAAUUUGUGAAGACAAAAAGGGUAUACUGAAGCUUUUUAAACAGAAAGGCUAUCUGGGAUUUAAUGAGCACAUUUCAUAUGAAAGCUUGGUGCCCUAGCACUUAAUUCCAAAGUUGACCAAGGCAUACACAGGUGAAGCUCUGUACAGAUUUCAAAUGCUGGCAAGAAAACUUAUUGUUUCUUAUAAAGAAAUUCAUCUUUUGGGGGAAACAAGAAGACUGUACUACAGUGUUUUGAAAAGUAUUUGCAAACUCCAGAUGGACCUGCUCAGUAAGUGUGUUGUGUAUGCUGUUAUUUUUAAGACCUUCAUAAGUGUUUUUAAUGCUUUUGUUUGCCGCCCUGGGCUCCUACUGGGAGAAAGGGUGGGAUAAUAAUAAUAAUAAUAAAUAAGUCAGAUGAAUCAUAACGGAACGUUGUUUUUAAAGACUGUCAAAAUGUAGGAGCUGUAGCUGCCCUAUGUUUCCAUUCUCUUUGCAAGAAAUAGUUUAGUAAGUGUAUUCCGCAUUUAAAAGCGUGUUCAGCAUGAAGCCUUUUAAAUAUAUUUCUAUGCCAGACAUUUUACUUAAUGAAUAUUGCAAAUGACACGUUAACUGGAUAAUUAUCUUUUGUGGUAUGUUGCUAGCAUCUGUUUUGUAGUCAAGGACCUAAAAUAACAACCAUGUUAGACAUUAUACAGCCGCAAGAGUGGCUGUAUACUAUAGCCAGCAUGGAUUUUUCACAUUCCGCAAUAUUAAAUUGAAAAUACCCCAUACCAUUCUGAUCCUUCCCAUAAGCUCAUUUCAAAACAAAACCUUACAAAACCUAUAGUCCUGAACUCAGAAACUCUUGCUUAACAACUUUGUAACUUUUCAUGGCAAUACACAAAACAGUCAGAGAGAAUAGGGAGUUCAAAGUCUAAAAAGAGAGAAAAAAACCCGAGAGCCCUUUUGAACAUUUUUCUCUGAGUUCUCAUAAUCUGUUGAAAUUCAUUAAAAAUCAGCCAUGUUCACAGAGUACCUGUAAUCCUAUUACUCACUUUGUUCAUACUCUGACCUUCAUCUUCUGCAGUUUAAGUUAAAAAAAUGCCUGCCUGAUUUUUAAUUAAUUUAAGAAAUUUUGGCUUGAACCCAAUGAUACAUGCUCAGUAAGAACCAACUGUCAGUGUUCUAAAAGCCAGACUCACAGCUGCUGGGGUUGGCUAAUCGGGGCCACACCCACACCAGACUUUGAUUUCUCUUGAGACAGUAAUGGCUUCCCUCAAAGAAUCCUGGAAAGUGUAGUUUGUGAAGGGUGCUGAGAGGAGACUCCUAUUCGACUGACAGAGCUUCAGUGGCCAGUGGUUUAACAGUCAGCCACUCUGACUGAAGGUCUGUGAGGGGAACAGUGUGUCUCCUAGCAACUCUCAGCACCCUUCACUAACUACACUUCCCAGGAUUCUUUGAGAGAAGCCAUGAUUGUCCAAAGUGAAAUAAAGGCCUAGGGUAGAUGUGGCCAGGGAAAGCUUUGGUUUAAAUUUGGGUGGGAGGCUACAUGUGCCUGCUGUAGAAUAAAAAGGUGGGGGAAAUGCUGAAAAACAAUGAUUUUCCUUUUGGAAAGGUAAGGGGCUUUCCCUCUGCCCAGUGCCCACCCACCCAAUCUCCUCCCCUCCUCCUCCCCUCCCUGCCCCUCCCCAGGUCAGUGUUGGACUACGACCUAGGAGACCAGGGUUCGAAUCCCCACACAGCCAUGAAGCUCACUGGCGACCUUGGGCCAGUCGCUGCCUCUCAGCCUCAGAGGAAGGCAGUGGUAAAACCAUAUCUGAAUACCGUUUACCAUGAAAACCCUAUUCAUAGGGUUGCCAUAAGUCGGGAUGAACUUGAAGGCAGUCCAUUUCCAUUUUCAAACAUGAUAGCACAGAAAUAAAUCCCAUUGAACUCAAAAAGUAUGCAAAUGAUCAAACCCGCCCUUCCCCUUCCUCCUAUCCCCUCCCUCUUGCCCCUUCCCUCCCCUUGCUUUGCCCCUCCCUACCCAUCCCCCUCCCCUUCCAAUCCCCUCCUUCCCCUUCCCCCUCCUCCCCCUCCCCUUCCUCAUCCCCAUGGUCAGUUUUACCUAUCUUAAGCAUGAUUACACAGGAGUAAAUACCUUUGAACUCUGUAAGCAUGCAAAUGAUCAAACCUGGCCUCCCCCUUCCUUUGCCACCCUCCAAUCCAAUUCUUCCCCUUCCCCCUCCUCCUCCUCCUUCUCCAUGGUCAGUUUUACCUAUCCUAACCAUGAUUGCAUAGGAGUAAAUCCCAUUGAACUCAAUAAGCAUGCAAAUGAUCAGACCUGGCUUUCCCCUCCUUCCUCUUUCCUCUCCCUUUCUCCUCCUCUCCCCUCUUCCUUCUUUCUCCUUCCCUGCCCACUCCAGCUGUCCCUCCCCUCCCACGGUCAGUUUUACCUAUCCUAAGCAUGAUUGCACAGGAGUAAAUCCCACUGAACUCAAUAAACAUGCAAAUGAUCAAACCUGUCCUCCUCCCCUCCCCCUCCUGCCUGUUCCCAUCCCCCUCCUCCGCCCUGCCCUUCUUCCGCUACCUCCUUCUCCCCUCCUCAUCCCCUGUGGUCAGUUUCACCUAUCCUAAGCAUGGUUGCAGGGGAAUAAAUCCCACUUAACUCAGUAAGUAUGCAAAGGAUCAGUCCAUUCUCAGCAAAGUUGCACAGGAUCCCAUUUCUUACCUCCCGGUUUAAAAAGCAGAGGAAUUCACUAAUAGGCAAAAAAACUUGCUGUUUAAGAAUGUACCUAUAGCCCACAGAUAUUUCUAUCCAACUUUAAAAAGCAGGG